AUGCCUUUGCUGCGAAAAUUGCUGCGUGUAGAAGACCUAGGCAAUGUGCCUGCAAAUUCAACAGCUGAGCAGCUAUUUGCGUCGAACAUUGAUAUGCAAGAGAUGAGGUCACAGCGACAGCAGGCAGCUGCACUUUGUAGCGCUCCACUACAUGUCAUGUCAACACUAGCACGAAGGCAAAGAAGCCGGUCUGCAUUAGAUACUCAAAUGGAGAAUCUGACGAAUUGUGACCUGAAGACGUGUGUAGACGCUGCCUUAUCAAUUACAAGAGAAGGAAAGCAAGCUUUAUUUCUAGUGCGAGAUCCAACGAAAGUGACCAAGUAUAUAGCGGCAGCCGUAUCAAGGUUCAACGCAGCGAUGGCAAUCGAAUUAGCUGCAGAAAGUCUUCAUCGAGUGCAUUUUCACCAAUGCAAAAGAAUCGAUGAGCUGCAGUGCGAAUUAGAAUACGUGCAACAAGCUUGGAAGGGACCCGAUGAAGCAAAGUUUCAACUGGUUGUGGUUGGGCCGCUUUGCGACCUAUUUUCAGGCUUCCAAACGACAUCGGGGAUCACUUUGACCGGUGCGGGGUUAAAGCGUAUGGUGGAGCUCGCAGUCAAUCGAUUGCGGGCGACGACAGGUGUCUACGUCAUUGUUAUAGAAAUUGAAGCCGAAGUCACAUAG